AUGUCUGACCAACCAUAUAAUCAAGACAAAUUGGCUCAAGACUUCGAACAGGCGUCUAUUGGGAAUCAGCCAGAUCAAUCCCAACAACAACAACAACAACAACAAAACUACUAUAAUCCAAACAAUGCACAAGCAUUCGUUCCUCAAGGUGGAUUCCAACAAUCCUACAAUCAAUACCAACAAGGCGGAUAUCAACCAAACUAUAAUCAAUACCAACAAGGUGGGUACCAACAAAACUAUAAUCAAUAUCAGCAAGGUGGUUACCAGCAGAAUUAUAACGGAGGAGGAGGUUAUCAACAAAACACUAGAGGUGGCUAUCAACAAAACACUAGAGGGGGAUAUCAACAAUAUAACAAUAGAGGCGGCUACCAACAAUACAGCAACAGAGGUGGCUAUCAACAAUAUGACCAGCAACAGCAACAACCUCAACAACAACAGCAACCACAAGGAAUGUCAUUAGCUGACUUUGAAAAGCAAAAGGCAUCGCAACAAUCAUCCUUGAAUAAACCAAAAAGAACUCUCAAAUUGGCCCCAUCCUCAGGAAUCAAAUUGGCAAAUGCAACCAAGAAGGAAGCACCAAAGGAGGAAACUCCUAAGGAAGAAGCAUCACCUGCUCCAGAGCCAGCCAAACAAGAAAAAAAGGAAGCAGCCCCACAAACCCCUGCCGUCGAACAAAAGACAGAAGCUGCUCCAGUGUCCACUCCGGAGCCGGUUGCUUCUCCAGCUCCAGCUGCAACUCCUUCAUCGGUACGUAUUUCAGCAACUCCUUCAGUGAAGGAAGGCAGCCCUGCUGUUCUCCAAUCUUCUGACUCACUUGCACGUGAACAAGAAGAUGAAGUUGAUGAAGAAGUCGUUAAGGAUAUGUUUGGGGGUAAAGAUCAUGUUUCCAUUAUUUUUAUGGGUCAUGUCGAUGCUGGUAAGUCCACCAUGGGAGGUAAUAUUCUUUACUUAACUGGUUCUGUUGAUAAACGUACUGUUGAUAAGUAUGAACGUGAAGCAAAAGAUGCUGGUAGACAAGGUUGGUAUUUAUCAUGGGUUAUGGAUACUAAUAAGGAAGAAAGAAGUGAUGGUAAGACUAUUGAAGUUGGUAAAGCUUAUUUCGAAACUGAAAAGAGAAGAUAUACCAUUUUGGAUGCCCCAGGACACAAGAUGUAUGUCUCAGAAAUGAUUGGUGGUGCUUCUCAAGCUGAUGUUGGUAUUUUAGUCAUCUCUGCUAGAAAGGGUGAAUAUGAAACCGGUUUUGAAAAAGGUGGUCAAACUAGAGAACAUGCAUUAUUGGCAAAGACUCAAGGUGUUAACAAGAUCGUCAUUGUUGUCAACAAGAUGGAUGACCCAACUGUCAACUGGUCUGAAGAACGUUAUAAUGAAUGUACCACUAAAUUAGCCACUUUCUUGAAAGGUAUUGGAUACAACAAAGAUGACAUUGUUGCUAUGCCAGUCUCGGGAUAUACUGGUGCUGGUUUGAAGGAUAGAGUUGGCGACGUAUGUCCAUGGUACACUGGUCCUGCAUUAUUAGAAUAUUUGGACAACAUGGAAACUGUCAAUCGUAAGAUCAAUGGUCCAUUUAUGAUGCCAGUUUCUGGUAAGAUGAAGGAUAUGGGUACUGUUGUUGAAGGUAAGAUUGAAUCUGGACAUAUCAAGAAAGGUGGACAUUUAUUAUUAAUGCCUAAUAAGACUAAUGUUGAAGUUUUGACCGUCUACAACGAAACAGAACAAGAAUGUGAAAGUGCAUACUGUGGUGAACAAGUUAGAUUAAGAUUAAAGGGGGUUGAAGAAGAAGACUUACAGCCGGGUUACGUUUUGACUUCUCCAAAGUUCCCAGUUAAAACUGUGACCAAGUUUGAAGCUCAGAUUGCUAUUGUCGAAUUGAAAUCCAUUUUAUCAAACGGGUUCUCUUGUGUCAUGCACUUGCAUACAGCCAUCGAAGAAGUCAAGUUUGUUGAAUUGAAACAUAAAUUGGAAAAGGGGACAAAUAGAAAAUCAAAGAAACCGCCUGCAUUUGCCAAGAAGGGUAUGAAGAUCAUCGCUGUCUUGGAAGUGAAUGAACUAGUUUGUGCCGAAACUUACCACGAUUAUCCUCAAUUGGGUAGAUUCACUUUAAGAGAUCAAGGUACCACCAUUGCAAUUGGUAAGAUCACUAAAUUAUUGUAA